AAUGACAUUGCACCGGAGAAGUGACACUUGAUUGUCACUGCCCUGCAGGGGUGAAGUUGUGUGGUGCUGACUGCUGUUGGCUUGUCAUGUGUGUAUGUGUGUGCUGCUAGUGUAGGCAUUGUGUUGGACAGUUUUUGUGCAGAUUGGGGCUUUGUGUCACUUUGUGUUGGUGACGUGCAGUCAGUGAGUUCUGGUCACAGGCUGUCUAUGGGUGUUGCAGUACAGUGUGCAUGUGUUGCAGUGUAGUGCACAGUGUGCAUCAGUGUAGUUGUGCACUGUGUUACUUGAUUGCCAUGCAUGGUGUGUGCAUUAGCUGAUUUGUGUGUAUUAUUAAUGCAUUGGGUUUGUGUGUUUAAUACAUUUGUUGGCUGCUGGACAGUAUUUAGUAGUGGAUACAGUGUUGUGUGUGUGUGUGUGUGUGCGCGUGAAGACCAGACUAGCACAGUGAAUGUAUCAAGUUCAUUUCUUUGCAGUGUCUGUUUGUCAGUGUGUGUGCUUGUGCUAGCUGGCUGCAGGACAGUGUGUAGUAGUUGGAUACAUUGUUGUGUGUGAACAUUACAUAGUUAUUGGACAGUGUACAGUAGUUGUAUAGUGUUGUGUGUGAACAUUACAUGGUCAUUGGGCAGUGUAUUUACUAGUUGUAUAGAGUUGUGUGUGAAUAUUAUGUGGCCAUUGGACAGUGUAUAGUAGUGGUAUAGUGUUGUUUGUGAACAUUACGUGGCCAUUUGACAGUGUACAGUAAUUGUGUAUAGUAUUGUGUGUGAACAUUAGAUGGCCACUAGACAGUGCACAGUAGUUGUAUACAGUAUUGUGUGUGUGUGAAUAUUAGUGUAGCACAGUGUAUAUGAGCUGCAGCCCAGUGUGAAUGUAUUAGUUGGUUUCCUUACAGUGUGUGUGUGUGUGUGUGUGUGUGUGUGUGUCAGUGUGUGUGGGGGGAGCCGGUCCUGGCCGUGCUGUCUCUAUCCUCUGGGCAGUGCGGAGCUGUCUCUCUCCCCCUCUGGUCGCUGACUAUCACACAAGGGGGGAUGAAUUCUACGUGCAACUUUUUUUACCAAGCAGAUAUCACCCUGUGCGGCUCAAGAUCUGUGGUAGUAUCUUCUCUACUUCAGGAUGAGUUCCAUCCAUUUAUCGAAGCACUUCUGCCUCACGUACGGGCGUUCGCUUACACGUGGUUCAACCUACAAGCCCGAAAACGUAAAUACUUUAAAAAACACGAAAAGCGUAUGUCGAAAGAGGAAGAGAGAGCGGUGAAGGACGAGUUACUGAGCGAAAAACCCGAAGUCAAACAGAAAUGGGCGUCCCGACUCCUGGCAAAGCUAAGGAAAGAUAUUAGGCCGGAGUACCGAGAGGAUUUUGUUCUCACAGUUACAGGGAAAAAGCCUGCGUGUUGUGUUCUGUCCAACCCAGACCAGAAAGGGAAGAUGAGAAGAAUUGACUGCCUACGACAGGCGGACAAGGUCUGGAGACUGGACCUUGUAAUGGUGAUUUUAUUUAAAGGAAUUCCACUCGAAAGUACUGAUGGCGAACGACUUGUAAAGUCUCCCCAGUGUUCUAACCACGGGCUGUGCGUACAGCCCCACCACAUAGGAGUUUCGGUCAAGGAACUUGAUUUAUAUUUGGCAUACUUCGUGCACUCAGCAGAUUCAAGUCAAUCAGAGAGUCCCAGCCAUCCCAGUGAGGUUGAUAUAAAGGACCAGCCAGAGAAUGGACAUUUGGGCUUCCAAGACAGCUUUGUGACUUCAGGUGUUUUCAGUGUUACGGAACUUGUAAGAGUGUCGCAAACACCCAUAGCCGCAGGAACGGGUCCUAAUUUCCCCAUUUCAGACAUGGACAGUUCUUCAUACUACAGCAUGAGCCCUGGUGCAAUGAGGAGGUCACUUCCCAGCACGUCCUCCACCAGUUCUACAAAGCGCCUCAAGUCUGUGGAGGACGAGAUGGACAGUCCCGGUGAGGAGCCAUUUUACACGAACCAGGGGCGUUCGCCAGGAAGCGGCAGCCAGUCCAGUGGGUGGCACGAUGUAGAGCCAGAGACCCAUAAGAGACUAAGGAAAAUGUCAGGAAUGCCAUCGCCUACUACCUUAAAGAAGUCAGAGAAGUCUGGUUUCAGCAGCCCUUCUCCUUCGCAGACCUCUUCCCUUGGAACGGCUUUCACACAGCAUCAUCGACCUGUCAUUACAGGACCCAGAGCCAGUCCGCAUGCAACGCCAUCAACCUUACAUUUCCCGACGUCGCCCAUCAUACAGCAACCCGGGCCGUACUUCUCUCACCCAGCAAUCCGCUAUCACCCGCAGGAGACUUUGAAAGAGUUUGUCCAACUUGUCUGCCCAGAAGCUGGUCAGCAGGCUGGACAGGUGGGGUUCCUAAACCCCAAUGGUAGCAGCCAAGGCAAGGUGCACAAUCCAUUCCUUCCGACUCCAAUGUUGCCACCGCCUCCUCCGCCACCUAUGGCGAGGCCUGUGCCUCUGCCCGUGCCAGACACAAAGCCUCCGACUACGUCUUCAGAAGGAGGAGCCACAUCUCCCACUUCACCGAGCAGGAUUUUUUCUUACAGGCAAUGUGUUGUCGGCCGAUUCGCCGGAAUGGGUGGAACUCAGGACCCCAACCUAUUCGACAUCCAGCACUUCCCCGGCAAACCGAUUCGUGAGUGUUGGACCGCGAGAUCCAAGCUUUGUAAAUAUCCCUCAACAGACUCAGUCCUGGUAUCUGGGAUAAAGCUCACAGAUUUCCAUCCCCCACCUGACAGACCACCUGCCGCUUCCCAUCUCUGUAACAUGGAUGAAAUUGGUGACAACACGGCACAGUCUCUUUGUCCCAGCGGAAGGGGAAGACUCACAUCAACAGCAUAACAACAUCGAAGACAAAAAAAAAAAAUUCUUAUGUGGCCGCAUGGCAAUGACCAUUAAUUAUCAGCCUUCUUUCUUUUAUCAUUUUUUUUUUCUAUUUUCAUUUUUCUCACCGUGUGGUCUGGAGAAAGUUCUUGAAGGGAAAAGUUGGGCUUCACGGCAUUUGAAGUGUUUCAUUGGUAGUGUCAACAUUAGGUGGUUCUGGGUAGCCUUAGUCUGAUGUUUUUUUACUGACUUGCUGUAAAACACGUUCAUCGUGAAGCCCAGCAUUUUCUGCAAAGUCACUCUGGUAUAUCCGUGGUUGUGACGGAGCAGCCCAUUAAAUAAAGACUGAAUGCACUCUUAAAUAUACAUGUAAAAAAAAUAUAAGUGGAUAGGAACUUUUGCUAUGACUAUGACCACACUACAAUUGUUUCAGAGACCGUGGAAGUCAACUGAAAUUGUGUUCCAGAGCCUCCGUUUGUUUUUUGUUUUUUUUUAAAGAAUUGCCUACAGUAUGUUUUGAGUGCUACAUCACCUGAAAGAAAGGAUUUGUUAAAACACACGCAAAACGUGCAAGAUCAAUUAAGACAAAAUGCACUUUUUUAUUAUUACUUUUAAUUUGUUGACCCCCUGCGGAAGUGAUGAAGUUAUAUUACAGGACACAACUGCGACAAUGUUAUCGGUAACAUAUCACAAAACGUCCACCCUUCUUUCUGACAAGGAGUAGCCACAUCGGUGAUUCACGAGGAAGCUGUUAACAUUUAUUUACAUUCGAGUUGCAGAACAAUGGUAAAGAGAGAAAAGAUAAAAAAAAAAGUCCAGAACUUUUAAUAUUCACUUAAAGGAAAAAAAAAAUGCUGCACUUACAAAUAAGCUUUUUCUGAGACAAAUUUUCAACAAUUACACAGAACCACAGAAACGGGGAAGAUGGUCUGUUUUGACAGAAACUGACAGGAACCAAUCAAAACAAUCGUAUUUGGAUUGAGUAAAGUGCAAUUUCAUUGGAUAGGUAAAUAUCUUUGUAAGAUAGAGAUUGUUGAAAAUUCUAUUUUUGUUUUUUAAGUCCUACCACCCCAGGACUCUAAAUUAUCGGGGUUAAAAAAAAAAACAGCCUUGCAAAAGAAAGGGGAGCUAUUUUUGCUUUUUAUGUUUUUUAUUGUUAAACUUGUAUCCCUUAAAAAUUAAGAAAAUGUAAAAAAAAUAUAUAUAUAUUAUAAAACAUAAUGGUGCUUUUACCACAAUAUGUUAACUACAUUAAAUGCUAAGUAAUCAUUUUCUGUUAUCAAAGCACAUACCGGUAACUAAACAAAAAAAACACAUCAUAAUACCUGUUAAUUUUAUAAGCUAAAGUCAUUAUUACUGGGUAUGCCAAUAUAGACAAAUGCUACAUUUCCCAAUAUAGAAUAUAGUCAAACACCUCAGGAUCUUUAUUAAUGUCCAGAUUUUAUCCAUAUAUUUUUUUUCCAUCACUUACAUCCUCUGGACUUUAAACACUGAUUGAUCUGGGUGGGGUGGGGGGUGGGGGAGUCGCAGCACUUGCUGAAAAAAAAAAGAAAUUUGGGACAUUGACUUUAUCUAUAAGUACUUAAAAAAAAGACUAAAAAGAAAAAAAAGUGAAAAACAGAAUACAUGUGUUUUAUUUUCUACCAGACAGCGGAGCAUCCAUGUUGCUUCGCAUGCAAAUUUAAGGAGAAGUCCUAUACUAUACAUAUAUUAUAUACUUUCUGAUGGGCAAAUUUGUCAAUCAGAAAAAAAACUUAUGUGCAUGUGUUAGUGUUAGUAACCAUUUUUAUAUACUUAAAGUAGGAUAAAGUAGAGUGCAUUAAGACAUUUUAAUCCCUAUUCCAGGCACCUGCCAUUAUAUCCUCUCCCCCUACAGCCGAAAAUGGAGCCAGCUUGGCCUUUUUGGUUUUUUGGCAGUGAAGGAGUUAAACUUUGCGUGUUCAGCCCUAUUUGUAGGGCAUUUGCUACUGUCUUAUACAAUCAAGUCCAUUAAAUUCCUGGGAAGACACUUCCACUAGUUUUUAUUUUUAUUUUAUUAAAGUUAAUUAUUAUUUUAAUUAUUUUCUUAACACCUUCGGAUGCAUGAGAGGGCUUGGAAUGUGUUCGCAGUAUAUUGCAGGCCUCUCUAGCAACGAAUGGGUUAAUUUGCACGGAAAUUAAAUGAAUUCCAUAUCGAUGUGCCUUGCCCUGGAUAGCGAUUAUUUGUGGAAUUGUUGCACAUGUUUCUGUAUAGAUAGCGGGGAGAGGAUUCCCCAGUCACGUGUUUUAGAGACACUUUUUUUUCUUGUAAAUGUGACUUUAACGUCAGACAUUGCAGGCUUCACCGUGUAGAUAGAUAGUUUUAGUUAUUCCCCACCAAUAGGAGUAGUGUGCUUUAGUCUUUUAGCGUCUGUGCUAUUUUGCGUAGGAGAUCAGUAUUUUUUGGGAAUAUUUGCUGCAUUGUGACAAUUUAUUUAGUCUUCCUUCUAUUAUUAUUUUCCCUGAUCAAUGAAAAAUAUGCAAUAUCUGCUUAUAUCAUAGUAGUCAAAGCUUAGCAAAUUGAAUAGAUUUAUUUUAUCUUAUUUUUUUUUUUUUUAUUUGACCAAAGUUGGUGCUGUACUUGACGCAGUGUGUUAGGUGUUUUAGUCAUUGUACCUUGUGACUACGAAUGCACAUGCAGGAGGGGGCUCUUAGACAAGCAGUCAGACUGUGAAGCACUAAGCUGUACCCUGCUUUGAGCAAAUUUUAUUUUGUGUGUGUUUGCGUGUAUGUGUGUGUUACAACUGUUCCUAUCACAAGCAAGCCUUAAAGAAAACCUGACUUCCUUUCCUUAAAACUCCCACUAUCCCAUUUUUAUUAGCAGACAGCAAUCAAACCACGUUCAAUAGAAAGAGGUCCUAAUGCCCAUUUUUAUAUGCACGUUUGUAAACUUCCAACUUCUGAAAAAUUGUUUACCGGUUCUCUCUCUAUUUAAGGAAAAAGAAAAAAAAAGGAUAAAAUGUUUUUGGGAUUUUUUUCAUAUGUGUCUGAUACGUGGUUGAGUAGUUGUAUCGUGUGAUUGUUAGUGAUUUGUGUCCAUUUUUCUGUAGCCAGCAUCCUUUGCCUUCCCUAUAGCACUUAGCUGGGCAUUACCUUACGACAUAUGUGCACUAAAGGAGCAGCUUAUAGUGCUUCACAGUGAAGGGAAAUUAAAGCCUAGACAUAUAUAUUGUCAGAACCUUGCUAUAAGUCAAGGCGUUACCAGUAAAUUGGUUGUACAUACAAUAAAAAUGCACCCUUUUAUAAGACAUGCAAACUAAGCAAUAGCUCUGGGCAGUUGUAGAUUAUGUUGUUUGUUUAUUCCUUUUUUUAGCUUAAUUUUUUUUAUUAUUGUUUUUUUUGUUUCUUGGUGAAUGUGUCGUAGACCUGGUUGCGAAGAGAGAAAAAAAACUGCCCACUCAGAUAUGCCAUUUGUAUGUUGUAUAGUUUUAAUGAGUACAAUGAUUUAUUUCUACCCUAUUUUAUAAUGCAGGACUUUUGUAACGUUGUUUAAAUGAGGACAAUUUUUUGUCAAUCUAGCCUUGCAGAUUUUCUGAUUGUUUCUUAUAACGAAAGCGUUCUUAUCUUUUUUUUUUUUUUACGUUUUUAUUUUAUUUUUAGGGUUUUGGGAAAUUUUUUUCCUUUCUCUACUGGAAACUGGAUUUAAGUUAAAACUUUCCAGUUUCCUGUUUGUAUGUAUUUAAAUACAGUUUUCUUUCCGUCUCUCAUUGGUAUAGCAUUUUUCCUAUACUUGAGAAGUAUGGGCCACUAAAUUACCAUUUUAAAUGGACAUUACAGGUAUGAUGUACUUUAUUUUUAUUUUUUAAGUGUUUAUUUUUUUUCAUUAAAAGUCUGACUCUAAAAUUAGGAUUUCUGAAGAGUUUAUCAGAUGAAAAAUGUUUUAAAGGCUUCAAAACAUUAUGUGGACAGUCAUGGAUAUAAAACAACAAACUUGUGUCAAGUAUUAAAUCCAUGAAGUUACUUGUAUUCAAUCUGCCACCACAUUGGAAAUACAGCAGGAAAAUACAUAGGUCAUUUCUGUUCGGGUUUGAACAUAUUAAUAUUUUUAGCAUUGUAAUAUUUGAAGAAUAUACAGUAAAGCUGGGUGUGCAGCAUAAGGGUAGACACAAAUUGCAUCACAUUUGGAGAGCUGUGAAAAAAUAUAUAUAAUUAAAUACAAUUCACCUUUUUUAUUUAAUUUGAGAAAAUUGCAUUGUUACCAUUGCAUUCAAUAUGAUGCCUCCUCCUUUACCCUAUAAAAGUAGGUUAAAUGUCCUGUACAGACUGCAAUAUGUUAAAUAUGAGCUCUAUUUAAAAUAAUCAAUUCAAUUAAUUUAAUUUAAUAAAUUGCAAUGUUAAAGUAAUUUCUCAUUUCCAAACCACAGACUAUUUUAAUGAUAAUCAUCACCUUCAGUAGUUACCAGAAAAAAAUACCAUUAAUUCUGAUAAAAGAGCUCCAACAUUUAUGCUAAUGAACUGCAUACAAAUGCACAAGUAAAUGAAAAUUUUAUUUUGUUCAAUGCCUAUGUUUUGUUGGAGAUAAAAGAUGUAUCAGUGACUUUAAAAUAUGGAUGUCCAUUAUUUGUCCACAGUCUACACUAACACACAAAUCCAUUAGAAUUUAAAUAAAUAAAUAUUAUUUUGGUGAAGGAAAAAAAAUCCAAAAUAUCUAAUAAUAUUUCUGUAUUUUAAACUUGCAAAUAUUAAAAUACUAAGAAAAUGCUGCGUAUCCCAAGUAUAUUUAAAAUAGGCAUAAUAAUCUGAAAUGGUGCAAAAUCGGAGCAUGCUAGCACAGGGAAUAGAACAUAUUGUAGGCUAAUGUGCUGCAUUCCUGUACUUAGUUUAACGUUAUAUUUGAGAUGCACCUUCUCUUUCUCUCCUUGUGUCACAAGCUUUGAUAAAUAAAACACUACAACAUAAGUGGGCACAGUAAGAUCUACCUACGGCACUGCCGUUACUACGUGAUCUUUGCAUGGGUUCCUGUAUUCCUAAAUGCACUUUGCUAAAAUGCACAUUUUAAUUGUUCAUUGGAAGAGAUGAUCAAACACUAAUUUGCAAUGAGUAAUUUAGUUGUUGUUUUUUUAGUCUUUUUUUUUAAUUAAAUUAAUUUAAAUUAAAACCUGUUCUUUAAAUAAGACUUUUUAGAGUAACAAAAUGUUAAGUCUUUAUAUGUUAUCACUUUUUAGUGAAUAUCUCUAGCAUUGUAAAUGUGUUCAUAUUCCGGAUUGCUGCACACUCUAGCCUGUUUGCGUGGUUAUUUUUUUUUAUUUCCUUCAUUAGGAUAAAAGCUAUGCUGUUUCAUAUCCCUUAACUAGGCAUUGACAGACACACACCCCGUAGAACCUUCUCCAUUCACAGUAUCCAGUCAACUUGCAGCAAUACGCAGAUCCCAAGGCAGUUUGUUCUUUAAUCUUUGUUUGCAGCUUAUAGUUACAGUGUUAUUCUAUUUUUAUUUUCUUUUUGAAAAAAAAAGAGCAACACAAAUGCUUUGACUAAAACAGGUUUUCCUUGUGGUGAUAUACAUACAUAUAUAUAGAGAUAUAAAAAUACAUAUAUAUUUUUUUUAAAGACGUCGAUCAAUAUUGUACUUUGCAUUGUGUCUCUGGUCAAGAAGUGAACACAUAAGGGAAAGGGGAAGGCCUCUGUAGAACAAAUUUUUGGGGAAAAGAAAAACAAAACUUGGCAGAAUGGCGUUGGCCAGGAGAGGUUCUGUGGCAUGUAACUGUAAAACAGUAAUAUUCAAUGUUACCACCUUCUUCCAGGGCUAUCCUCUACCAAGUGCUUGUUACUCCAGUGUGCAUUAAUGCUCCGCUUAUCCUGGCCUAUCCCCGCUGCGCAAUGUUGUCUCGUUUUUCAUCCCAGCCUAAGAGAACGUUGGAAUAAAAUUGUUCUGACGUCUUGCAGAUAACGCAGAGACUGUUGUGUACCACUGGAUAGGGCAUUGCCAAUGUUUUCAUUUUUCAAUUUGAUUUUAACAUCUAAUGUAAAUUGACAUGGUGCUAAGACGUCCUGGCUACCAGAGGCCAGAGUAACCAGUAUGGCAGAUCUGACUCUUCUCUUCAUCAAUGUAAAUGCAUAGCAGUCUUUAUCUGCAUGAAAACUAUGCACUAACCCAACCCCAAACCAGAUAGGAUCAACUUUUGGGAUCUAUUUUUCCGUUCACUUUAACUUUCAGUCUUUGCCUUUUCCGGUCAUUCUUAUGAAAAUGCCAGCUUUAGGACAGAAUGAAUUAUAUUUAAACAAAAACCAGCAAAAUAACUAUGAAAUGUAGUGCCUGUGAAACCUGUAUUAUAUGCUCUUCUAAAAUAAGAAAUUUCUACACCGUGAGCCUUUUGCUGUUUAUCAGGAUAUCCUGAUGUAAAAUAACUAUACAAUAAUUAUGCAUGCAACUCCAUACCGCUUAGUCAUUUCUACGAAUACUACUUGCGUUAGCCUGUUUUCUUUCUAGCCUCAUCUUGCCCAAUGAGUUUUAACGUAUGUCACCAAUAAUGCAACUUUCUUGUCUUGAAAUUUUUUUUCUGGGUGUUUCUCAGUAUUUUGGAGGUAUACGUUGACUUAAAUUCAGUAUUACUUCUAGUUUUUACAAUUUUUUUUUGUUUUGUUUUUUUGCUUACAUCUUAUAGGAGACUGGUUUCCCUGUUUGGUUCAUUGUUACAUCAUUUUGCAAACUUUGAAAUACUUAAACAGUUUGCCAAGUGGGUAUAACACACCCAGAGUUAUCCUGGUUGAAACAAACGGGAGAUAUUAAAAAAAAUAAAAAAAAUAUGGAUGAUUUCAGACACAGGUUCUAUAUAUAUAAAUAUAUACCAUACGUACAUGUUUUUGUUGUGUUUUUUUUGUUUUUUAUUCAAAUGAUUAUACUCUGUACAAUCUUGGGCCUGAUUCAUGAAAUAUAUAAACAUAUGUAUCAUUACAUAAUGCAAGUACACGUGUAAUUGUGUUUUACCCAUCUACUUAUGUAGGUAAAAUGAUACUGUAUAUCAUUAUAUUAUAUGCAGCAGUCGAUCCAGAUCUUUUUGACAACAGUGUUUAACAAAUGUGUUCUUAUGUUUUUAAUAUGCUCAUGAUGAUUACUUUAAUGUGAACUAUUGUGUAUCAGUUUAAUGUACAGCACCUUGGGUCUGCAACUCUCCAUCACCUUUAUAUUUUCUUGCUUACUCACUAUGUUUUCUCAGCUUCCUCAUCUGUGUGCACUUUUUGCUUCUUGCUUGAGUUACCGCUUGUCUUCCUGCUAGACCACUGAAAGCAAAGCAUUAUAUUAAUCAUUGGAAAAUAUUACAGGCUUUGUUCAAUCAAGCAUUUGUCCAAUUGGUCAUUAUAUCUCAGACAUUUUUCCCCUUCUCUGUAUUCACAAACUUGUGUCAGGCAGUAACAGACUAUUGGUUUAGGAGUUCUGUUGAAUUACGAAACCCCUGGUAUAUCUACAGAGACCUGUGAAGUCCCAAAACCAGGGGAGCAUAAGGGUUCAUUUCUGAAAGUUUGACAUUGUUUAAUCAAUAAUCAUUAGAAUCCAUGGCAUAUUUAAGAAUAACGUUUUAUUUUAGUUCAGAUUUAUUAUCGAUCACGCCAUCAAUGGCACCUAGAUGGCAGAAUUAGGCACUUAGCAAUUGCAAUCCACAUAUUUAUGUAGCAGAUUUUAUACUCUGAAAUUGAAGACCUUAACUUCAUGAUUCGAUAUAGGCACAACAUACAUUAGUUACUGAGUAUUUAAACUCACUUUACAUUAUUGCAACAUAUAUUUCCGGAACAUAUCCGCAGUAUGUACUCUAUAAUAUAUCCUUCUUCAGACAAGGCACUUGUCUCCUCUCUACAAAGUCAAACACACCAUACAUUGUGAGCAUAAUUCAAGGGUGCAAAGAAUGGGUGAAGACGGGAGGGAGGGGGUUCUUACACUUUGAGGAUUGCAAUAGGAAUUGAAUCUUUGUUUGCAUUAAUAGGUGGGAGCGAUUUGGCAGCCGUGGGAAUCUUCUAUCCUUUGUUUUAUCCCUUUUUUUUUCAUUUCAAAAUCCUUAGCUCUUCAUUGGAUAAAGCACUGCAGCCAAGCUGGUUGUUGACCAUGUUAAACCCUUAACAUUGUGUUUAAUUCAUCAUCCCAUAAUGGGUGUUUUUAUGACCUUCAGUUAAAUCUUGUGUGCCUGUGUUAAUACAGUCACUGUUUUAUGAAUCAGGCUCCAUGUGCCUCUCCUUCCUUGUACUGACUCAAUGCUUGUUAUCAGUUUUUAUUUUACUGUGUUCUGUGAAAAAAAAAAAAAAACUGUAAUUGGUUGAGAAUCACUGUGCGCAUCAAUUCUUACCCAACUAAAUCUCUGCAGGUUUAUUUUUAUUUUUUUUGAGCUGGUGUGUGGAUUAGUUAUCUCUUGUACUCAGCCAUUAGUGCAACCAACUCUCACGUUACAAUACAAUUACUGGAAGCGAAUACUGCAUUUCCUAUGCAACAAAAAAGGAAAAUAAAAAAAUUGCUAAUGCUA